GCGGACAACAGGUGCACCGCAACCCCCUCCACCUUGUCUCUGUUGGAUUAUGCCCGCAGAGCGCCGGUCGUCGCUUUACGCAGGGCUUCCUCUUCUGCACUCAAAAUAAUUUGCACGCUUUUAUAUCCUGACCACUUCCAGACACAACGAUGCCUUUUCCACCCAUCAGCCUCCACCAACGGAUCUCAUCGCCUGGCAGGGAACUAUUCGGGAAAAAGAAAACCAACGGAGUGCCUCCUCAGACUGAGCAAACCAGCAAAUCUUGCGGAGAGAGAGGGGGGUCGGAUAAGGAGAAACAGCCCACAUCUUGGGCAUCGGCGAAUUUAAGGAACUUGGGGCGAAAACCCCAGCAGGACAAAAAUAAAAGCCCCACUCAGAAGCCCGGUGCCGGGCAAGAGACCCAGGGAAAGCCGUCGUGGUUGAUGGUGCCCAAACCUCAGGAUUCAUCUGAAGGAGUCAGGCGCUCCAGCUCCAUGGACUCCACGAGACAACUCAGUGGAAAAGAGGAAGGGAAGAAGGAAAUUCAAUUUACACUCAGUCUCACCCCCGAAGCCAUUCUUGUCAUCCAAAAACGGAAUCUAGAAAAACAAAUGAUGGCAAAGCAACAAAAGUGUUGCGCCGGCACCGAUUUUCGGCACCGGCGAGUUUUUCCAUCCAAAAAGACGCACGGGGGGUCCAAGGGCUGCGCGCCGGCCGCCAAAGCGGAGAGCGCGGAGCAGGACAUCACCGCCAUCGUUAAAAUAUCUCUGCUGAAUGACCAAUACAAGUACGAUGAUGUGGAGUAUGAAGACGAGGACGGGGAUGUGGAUGAGACUGUUGUAAGGAAAUGCAAAGAGUGGCUAAAAGGGGUCGAAAAUGCCGCUGCUUUGGGAAAAGUCGACAAACUUUCCGCACUUCCGCACCUCAAAGGCUGCUGACACCUGGCUUUGAUGUCUUGUUGUUAAGCCGGGACUCUCAGUGUGAUGGACUCGUGAACAAUGUGCAAUUGGUGUAGAUCUGUUGCAAAGGCAUCCUGAAUUUUAAUCUUUUCAAGUAAACGUUAAAGGGAGGAAAUCCACGUGUCUUCAGAUGAAUGUCAGUUUGUUAAAGAAAUAUAUAUUAAAAAUAGAUGUCAAUGCGUUUAAAAAAAGUCAAUUAAUUAAGAAAACGAAUGAAAUGAGGAAAUUCCAUUGGAAUCAUAAAAAGUCAAGAGGGAAUCAUUUACAUUCCCCAUCAAAAACAGGAUUUUAAAAGUAUCCAGCAGUGCUUAGGGCUCGCAGGGAUAUUUGCUUUGGGAGUUUGAUGCCUGUUCAUUAUUUUAUUUCUUUCAGUUUUAGUUAAAUACCUUUAAAUUCUCGUCCUUUGCACGUGGUUUCUAUUUUUUCAGUGAGGCGCCUGUGGAUUGGCAGAGGGGUCUGCUCCUUUGUGUGGGAGAACAAUAAACUGUCAACAACAGAGCUCUUUGCCUCUGCUCCUAAAAACCAAAUUGAAUUGUUUAUUUUUCCUCUCAUAAGAGGGUUAUAUCCUUUGCAGGGAUUUACCAGUGGUGUACAGUAUGUAAUGUUUACUAAAUAUUUGUACUGUCACAUAUCUUUUCAGUUCAUUAAUUUAAGCGAAUUUUAAGUAAAAACAUUUUCUUUUUUUUAAUUAUGCAACUGUCUCGAUCCUUUUAAAUCUUAAAAAGCCGUAUUGUGCUGUGCCUCUUAAUUAAAAAAAAAAUAAUAAUAAUAAUAAUUUGCAGUCAUUUAGAUUUCUUUUACACUUCUGGCCAGUUUUCAAACAAGCGUUUUAAAGGCUCUUUGUUGCCACUGUAGCUACCUGAGGCCAUUUGGGCAUUAGUGUUCUAAGCGUCUUAGAUUUCCUGUUAAGCAGGGUUCACAAGAGUACUGUAGGGCCCAGGUGCAUGACCCCUUUAGGAAAUUACCUCCAGACUACCUUACGUAUCACACUGGUAUUAAAAUCUGGUGAAAUGCCACAUCUACAGGACUUGCUGCAAAGUAGCUGUAGUUUGAAGUGAACUAUCCUGAACGUAUGCUGCUCAGGUAGUCGUCCAGGUCAGGGGUGCAGAAUAUGGCUGUUUUAAGAAGAAAAAAAUAAAAAUAAAUAAACCACACAUUGGAGUUGCAGAUCAUUUAAGCCAUAAAAAAUGGCUUAUGCUUUUGUUUGUUUUUUUAGAGUCACACCUGCCCACAGUGCAUUGUAUUGAUCGUUAAACUAACAUUCAAAUGCAAACCUCAGAACACAAAUUCAGUUUCUAUGCACGGCCAAAUACAUAUUUGAAAUUCCUUUGUAUGGAGAUUCUCAUUUGCAGCAUUGUUCUCUGUAACUUGGUAACCAGAGUUUUACUCUGUGUGUGGUACAUUUUGAACUCUAUCACAUUUCAGACAGAGGAGUGUUGUAAGUUUAAGACACGACAGCUUGUUUGGCUCACACACCAACAACUGGUAAGGCAUUUUAAAACAUAUACCUCCGCUCGUAACCUCAGGUAAUGCUGUUGUUUGGCAGACGUUUUAUUAAUGGAAAAACCCCGAUUUUUUUAGUGUAUUGCCUCUUCUCAGUAAACAGUAUCUUGGCAAUAGAGCUGCCAUAAAACUGGAGUGCAAAUACCUGCAUCAAUCAAGCGCUCUUCCCUCUAUUGCAGAUGUAUUACCUGUUGGGGACAGGUGUUUUAUAUGACACACAGUUGUUUUCUUCUUAAAGGUGUUUCAUUCAGGAAUGGAUUCAAACCUGCAGCAAAUAAUCAAGUGUCAAAUACAUGUCCGGCCAUAACUCUGUAAAUGUCAUUGUACAGUGUGUAACACCACAGACUUUCUCCACUGUGUCAUCUGGAUAAACAAGCAAAGCUUCUACAAUAAAGCGUUUUCU